AUAAAGAUUCGCAUGAGCUGCGGGAUCUCUGUUAGUAGAACCUGUACCAGCUGAGACACCCCGUCAACUAGUAAGUUACGACACCCCGCCAAAUUGCCGUCGGAUGAUAAUAACCAUUUCCCCAGCACCUAGUAUGCCCACUGCCAGCGAGCCAGCUGAGAAAUCUCUGUCUGCCAGAGGCGGCGCAGCCAGACCUGCAAUCAUGACGGCGACGACAGAGAAGCAGCAGGACGUAGAGGCCCAACGUGACGAAGAUGCAGAUUCCUGCACAAGCUCCGGAUGCAGUUGGACUUUCAAGUCUAUGCUCGAAUACCUGCAGUGUGGGGGACUGCUGUUGGGAGCUUUUGGUGUAUUGCUGUAUGAUGCAGCAGUCAUCGCGGGUAUGUUCGCAUUCAUUGGCUUCGCCGGCCUUACUCUCGGCCACGGGGUCCUGAGUGCGAUCUACCCUGGAGACUUGCGCUACGCGGCGAGCAUUCGCUCCACGAUGCAGGUCGGCGCGGUCGGAAGUGCCGUGCUCGGUGCAGCAAUCGGCAUCGUUUUCGUCUUCGUGCUGAUUGUCGGAGACGUCGACGUCAAGAGCUUGAACGCUCCGGGAGCAAGACGGGUGACACUCGUGUUCUACACCGCUAUCGGAGCCGCCAGCGGUGCUCUGGGCGUGGCGAUACUGGAACACAACAAAGGUGUGAUGGAGCGUGGAGAUAUGUUGAAUCGAACGGGUGCGGCGAGGGCAGGGGCAUUCGGAUGGUUCCUUCUGGCAGUGUCAGUAGUUUUGAGCUCUGAGCUAGCGGCUAUAGCGGCCCUGCUUACUUGAAUACAAUUGUUGCGAAUUC